AAUUAAAUGAGAAGACCAAAUGAGGUUGAGUAUAACAAAACAGCUUUGAUGGGUAAUUAUAGAAUAAAUUUGAGCGAAUUGGUAUGAAGAUAGGUUAGCUCCUCAUUAAUUAUAGAGAGAUCCAAAUGGUCAGAAAUCUGUAUGAAAUGAGAAUAUAAGUAGUUAAGAUAAGUAGAAGAAGGAAUAUCAAUACCUGGAGAUAAUGGAUGUUUACUUCCUUUACCAAGAGUGAAUCGUAAUCCUCCUUACAUAACAAAGGAAAUAAUAGUUCCAGAUGAUGGAUAUGUAUAAUGAGAUGUAUAAAAUAGAGAGAAUUCAGAACAGAAUUCUAAACAAAAUUUGAUGCAAAGAAUAUACAGAAUAUGCAAUUAGGUGAUUGCAGAUCUUUAGUGAAAAGGAAUGGAGAGAAAGUAAAUUUUCCUGAGUGCAAUCCUACAGUUGCAUAAACAGCAGGGGCUAAAUCAAUAAAACAAUUAGAUUAAACAAAUAUGCAGUAAAUUUUGGUUGAUAGAGCUGUCCAUUAAAAUUAUACAGACUUUGGAUCAACAUUCAGAAAUCAUCCAGAGUAGCAUAAUAAAUUUUAUUCAAUUACUACAUACUAAUAAUCAUUUUAGCCUCCUGAAAAUAAUGUUAAGGAAAUUCUCAGUGAUAAUAAGAUAAAACCUUUAGCUGCUGGAUGCAGAGAAAGAGAUCCAUUUGAUUAAGGAUUAAAAAUGACUUCUGUAAUAACAGGUGAAAAAUACAGAGAUUGUAUUAGAUAUAAUUAUAUUAAAUAGCUGUUGAACCAAAAGAGAAUACAGAAGUAUAAAGAUAAUGGGUACAUUCUGGUGAUUGUGGAUUGAAAACUGCUUAGAAUAAUUUAAGAUCUAGUAGUAUUUAGAAUUAUAAGAAGUCUGCUUGUUAAAUUCAUCCAUAUGACAUAGCUACUAGUUUACCACUUGAAGGUAAAAUGAUUAAUAUCAUUAUAUAUAAGAUGGUGUAUACACAUUACAUCCUAAAUAUACUGAUCCUGGUCAAUUUAGACAUAUAAGAAGUGAUGUCACUAGAAUCAUGAAUAAACCAAUAACAAGAAAAUGAAAUUCUAUUUUAGGAUAAUCCAU